AUGUCAUGGCUUUGGGGAUCAGCGACUAAUCCUCAGUUCGAGGAAUUAGCAGAGAAAGCAUGUUCUCCGCUUCAUCUGCCUUACCCCCAAUCAGAGGAUAUAGCGACUGCUUUGGAGAUUGCAGACAUGAUUAGAUCAAAAGCUGUACAGCCGAAGAUAGCAAUGCAGAGUUUGAAAAGGAGGAUAGCAGGGAAGAACGGUAGAGUUCAGAUGUAUGCUUUGGGGCUGACCGAUACUUGUAUCAAGAAUGGUGGAGAUCAUUUCUUAGCGGAGGUUGCAAGUAAGGAAUUUGUGGACGAAUUAUCGGGGUUGAUCAAGUCUCAGACUACAAGUCCCGAAGUCAAGCAAAUGCUGUUAAAGCUGUUCCAACAAUGGGCCCUAGCGUUUCAGUCAAAGAACGAGUUAAGCUUCUUCGUUGAUGUGUAUAACGAGCUGAAACACUCUGGCAUAUCAUUCCCACCGCCUCCCGCCCCAGUCCCGUCCCAUCUUCUCACGACUUCAACGGCACCCGCAUGGGUAGAUAGUGAUGUCUGCAUGCGAUGUCGCACCGCGUUUACAUUCACGAACAGAAAACAUCAUUGUAGGAAUUGUGGUUUAGUCUUCGAUCAAGCAUGUUCAAGUCGGACAAUGUCUUUACCCAGAUUUGGUAUAACAGAGGAAGUGAGAGUUUGUGAAAGUUGCUGGGUCAAGUCCGGGAAAGGAAAGACUUCAGAUGGUCCUGCACCUGCUGUCCCUGGAAGAACACCUCGGAGUCGAGCGGAUCUCGACGCAGAUCUACAACGAGCUAUCGAACUGUCUUUGGCAGAAUCUCAGCCUGGUGGGAGCAAUUUCAUAGGAUCCGAACCACCUAUAGCUCGGAAGAACGGAACGGCGGAAGAGGAUGACGAGGAUUUGAGAUUGGCAAUUGAGGCUAGUUUGAGGGAUAUGGAAAGAGCUAGACCUAGUGCACCCACAGGCUAUGAUGAGCCCGAAUAUAAGCCUUUGCCGACUUUCGAUCUUGCUCCAAGGGAAACCGAGACGAUAUUGACUUUCUCCAACACUAUGGAUCAGAUGGCUGCAUACGGAGAAAGGGAUUUGAGGAGAUUCCCGCAUGCUCAUAUACUUGCGGAACAGGCAUAUGCGCUGGGAGAGAAGCUACACAGGAAUGCGGAAGAAAAGAGUACGAAACAACAGAUGCUCACGGAAAUGCAAAGCAAAUUAUCCGAGGCUGUCUCUCUCUAUGGUCAAAUUUUAGAUGGUCAACAAGCAUACUCUGCACGAAGAAUGCAGGAAGAACAGCAAAGGAGGUAUCAACAGCAUCAAUCGAUGUAUGCAUAUGCAACUCCACAGCAACAAGUGUACCCCUACGCUCCUCAAGGUUAUUCUGUUCCUAAUGGCUACGCUCAAUACGCCCCUCCUUCUCAACCAGCUUAUCAGCCACCUCAACCCCAAUCACAAGCUGCACCGUCUUUAUAUCCUCAAAUGCCAAGUCAGCCAAACUAUGCUCAAACUCAGACUCAACAGUAUCCCUACAGACAAGAAGCUGUCUCCCCAUUACCUGUUCAGACAUUCCAACAGCAGUCAGGUUCAGCAAGACAUGCUUCUCCACAUGCUCAUCCUAUCUCGUCCCCACCUGCUCCGCAACGUCAAGCAUCCAUGACUUACGGUGCACCCGUGACUUAUGCCGUGGAGAGUCCUACUCCUAGGCCAUCUCAGCAAGAAACUGCUCCUCCUGUGCCUAUGGCUUCUCAUCCUCCUUCUUCGCCAACUACCAGUAUCCACUCGAUCGUUCAACAAGCUUCAGCACCACCUGCACCAAGUAGUCAAGGAUCAUACAAAUCACCUGCGCCGGUACAUAAUCAACUUGGAUCAUCGCCCGCUCAAUGGAAUGGUAAUCAGUAUCAACAAUGGGAUGCAAUCGUACGAGCCAUAUCCUCCAGUGCAACAAGCUCAACAGGUAUCGCAGCCACCGCAACAAUCCUAUCAACAACAGCACAACAACAACAACAACAACAACAACAACAACAACAACAACAACAACAACAACAACCUUAUCGACAACAACAUCAGCUUCAAGAACAACCCAAUUUUGUGACUUUCAAUCAACUUCCAUCCGGAGUAUACAGUGCCAAUUCAUUCCCAUCGGCUCCUGGCCAGAUAUUCCCCGAUGCACCUUCCGAGCUACCUUUACCCGGUAAGACAGUAGAGAAGGAAGAGAAGGAAGAGGCGUUGUUAAUUGAAUUGUAA